CCUCCUGGUGCCCAUAUGCUUCUCAUAGCCCACGGAGUAUUGGCCGGUGCUUCUCUACUCGUUUCCAAGGAGCCUACUUUGGAUCAUCGAUCGCCCGUGGUGUCCCUCUUCCAGACCCCGUGUGGCCCUUACUCUUAGCCUUGUUUCCACUUGCCUUAGUGCCCAUUCAGUUAUUAUUUAUUAUUACCCAUGCAGCCUCGCGUCUGAGAACGUGGCUUUUCGCAGAUUGGCUCUUGUGUUAAUCUCUUUCUUUCUUUCUUUUUUGGCCUCGCCUCCCUCAUUGGCAUUCCGCUCAACAGCAUUGACAACCCGUUUUGCGCUAUUCCUCCAACGGGAUGAUAACAACUAUAAGACGGUUUUAAACACGACAUUCUUUCGACAAAGCAUGAGAGAUGUCAAGAUCAGCGACGCCUGCGCUACCUUUGCAUAAUGCCCAGGUCUCUAAUUUGAGACCUCCGUCGCCCAGUCCCCCGGGUGUGCGCUCCAGUGCCUCUCCCCAGACCUCAACCUCGACCUACUCCCUAUUAGACCCUCAGGAGACCGCGGAGCGCCUGCAAACCUCUCUUACCCAUGGACUCACCCCGGCAGAGGCCGAGGUACGCUUAAUACGGGAUGGACCAAACGAAUUGCCUCACGAGGAGCCCGAGCCUCUGUGGUUGCGAUUUCUCAAGCAGUUCCGGGAAACAUUGAUAUUACUUCUUCUAGGAUCGGCAGCGAUUUCGUUUUUCAUGGGCAAUUACGAUGACGCCGUCAGCAUCACUCUCGCCGUAACGAUCGUCGUUACCGUAGGGUUCGUCCAGGAGUAUCGGUCGGAGAAAUCCUUGGAGGCACUGAGCCGCCUGGUACCGCAUCAUGCACACCUUAUCCGCGACGUUCCCCAUUGGAACACACCUCCCAUGGACAGCUCCAUACCCGCAGCUCCCGCAGGGCCCGAUGAAGACAUGGAAUUGCAGGAACUUCGAAGCAAGAGUCCAGGUUCGGCUUCGGCCGCGGUCAAAGCGUCCACCACGGUUCCUGCCGCCGAAUUGGUGCCGGGUGACAUGGUUCUCUUUACUGUUGGGGACCGCAUUCCGGCUGAUAUCAGAAUCACCGCUGCAACGGAUCUAUCCAUCGAUGAAUCUAAUCUCACCGGGGAGAACGAGCCGGUUACAAAGUUCGCCGAGGCCAUUCGUAAUUCGAAGAACGUUUCAACCCAUUCGCCGAAAAUCGUCAGCCCCCCGCGGUCUCCGUUUUACGAUGCCCCAGCCAGUGGGGCUGUAGGAGCGGAUAUCCGUUUGAACGAACAACACAAUAUCGCUUUUAUGGGGACCUUGGUUAGAUCGGGAUACGGACAAGGGAUUGUCAUCGGCACUGGUGCAAGAACGGAGUUCGGCAGCAUUUCCGCCUCAUUGCAGGAGAUUGAGAGCCCAAGAACGCCACUACAACUCUCAAUGGAUCGCCUGGGUCAAGAAUUGAGCUAUGUCUCUUUCGGUGUCAUCGCGUUGAUUGUUGUGAUAGGAUUGGUUCAGGGUCGCAAGCUUCUCGAAAUGUUUACCAUUGGUGUCUCUCUGGCUGUCGCGGCGAUUCCUGAAGGACUCCCCAUUAUUGUGACGGUAACUCUUGCUUUAGGCGUGCUGCGCAUGGCAAAGAGGGGGGCAAUCAUGCGAAGGCUUCCAAGUGUUGAGACGCUGGGGUCAGUAAACGUUGUCUGCAGCGAUAAGACAGGAACUCUCACCCUCAAUCAUAUGACUGUCACGAAAAUGUGGCAUUUUGACUGUCCUGAGCCGUUCGAGGUGCACAACGACAUCACAUCUUUAACUCCAGGGCCUGCAGCUCGAACCGUUCUUCGAAUUGGAAAUAUUGCCAACAACGCCAGACUGUCACGUGUAAACGCAAAUUCGCCCGCGAGCGCAUCAUCGGCUGCGGUGCUGUCCUCGACUGACGAUAGAGCCUCUGGAUCCGUCAAGAGCAGGUGGGUGGGUCAACCCACCGACGUCGCCAUAUUGGAUCUAUUAGACACCUUCGGGGAGGAUGAUGUACGCGAUCGAAUCAGUGCUCGCGUCGCCGAAACUCCCUUUAGCUCUGAACGCAAGUGGAUGGGCGUGAUUAUUGGGAGCGGCACUUCCAGCGAGACAAACGUUGCUUAUAUCAAGGGUGCGCUGGAGCAGGUUCUAACUAGAUGUGAUACCUAUCUAACCAAGGACGGCCGCGAGGUCAUCUUGGAUGAGCGACGGCGCCAGACUAUCCGGCAGGCAGCCGAACAGAUGGCUUCGGAAGGACUAAGAGUGCUGGCUUUCGCCAGUGGAGCUGUAAGAGAUUUGUCUAGGGGAAGGCCUUUUGGGAGCAGGACCGGCACCCCUACGUCUAAAAGCAGCCAGGGCGAUGAUGACGAUCGGUAUACCGGAUUGGUCUUCUCUGGGCUGGUGGGAAUGAACGAUCCACCCCGGAAGAAUGUGCACAAGGCGAUCAGGCGCCUAAUGGCUGGAGGGGUACGAAUUAUCAUGAUAACCGGUGAUGCGGAAACCACCGCUGUGGCCAUCGCAAAGAAACUUGGAAUGCCAAUCAGUGACGCUCCGGGUUCGCGCCCUGUGCUCAGUGGGGAAAGCAUCGAUCGAAUGAGCACGGAGGAGCUUGCGCAAGCGAUAGCUUCCAUUUCAAUUUUUGCCCGCACCAGUCCGGAUCAUAAAAUGAAGAUCGUCCGUGCACUUCAAUCCCGAGGCGAUGUGGUCGCCAUGACCGGAGAUGGCGUGAAUGAUGCUCCGGCGCUGAAGAAGGCCGACAUUGGCAUUUCGAUGGGAAAGCUGGGUACUGACGUUGCGAAGGAAGCCGCGGAUAUGAUCUUGACGGACGACGAUUUCUCGACCAUCCUGCGAGCCAUUGAGCAGGGUAAGGGAAUCUUCUACAACAUCCAGAAUUUCAUUACAUUCCAGCUCAGUACCAGCGUUGCCGCAUUGAGUCUCGUGCUAUUGAGUACGACCCUGGGCUUCAAGAACCCCCUCAAUGCCAUGCAAAUUCUCUGGAUCAGUAAGUGCCGCGCGCGCUUUUGCCUCCUACCUUGCUACUGUCAGUUGGCUAACCUAUUUGCUCGUAGAUAUCCUCAUGGAUGGCCCUCCAGCGCAGUCAUUGGGUGUAGAGCCGGUCGAUCCGUCCAUCAUGAGCCGUCCACCACGACCCAGAACAGCCCGAGUUCUCACAAAGCCGCUCAUCCAACGGGUGGUCACCGCAGCUCUGACGAUCAUGAUGGGCACCCUGGCGAUUUACGUGUAUGAGAUGGGUGAUGCGGACGACGGCAUGACCCCGGGCAAGCGAUCUCGAGUGGUUACGGCACACGACACGACGAUGACAUUUACCUGCUUCGUGCUCUUCGACAUGUUCAACGCUCUUGCUUGCCGCAGCGAGGGCAAGUCCGUGCUUCGCGGCGAAAUCUCACUCUUCGGGAACAAGAUGUUCAAUUACGCCGUGUUCGGAUCCCUGGCCGGUCAAGCUUGCGUGAUUUACCUGCCCUUCCUGCAAAGGAUCUUCCAGACGGAACCGCUCAACUUCGCCCAUUUGUUCAAGUUGUUGUGUAUCUCGAGCUCGGUCUUUUGGGUCGACGAGGCUCGAAAAUUCUACCAGACUCUGAAACGGCGCCGGGCCGUUGGGGUAGGGUACAGUGUGAAUGUUUGAUAUGUAUUCAUGUCGGUAGAGAUGUUUGAUAAACCCUGAUUUCAUAUAAUUUUUGGGGAAAUGAUGGGGUUGUAUAAUUGUAUAGAACACUGGAGGCGUUUCUUACAUAUCAUUGUUGUGUAUAUCGACCAAUAAAUCUAUUCCUUCAUUGGAGUACCUAUUUCAUCGUUGCAUUGU